AUAAAGAAAGCCACACUAUAGCCAUCAGAGCUGUGGAUUCUGUUGGAUAACUGAUGGAUGAGUUGAAACUAAGCAAAUGAUGAUGAGAAAACGUUCAAAAGAAGUUUCUGAAAAUCAAAUGAUGAAGUAUAUUACAGGAAUGUAUGUUUUAAAGCUAACCUCGAGCAAAUAAAUGCGUCAUGAGCAUUGACGUCAAUUAAUUUCCAAAAAUAAAUAAAACCAUGAAAAUUAUUCUGUCUCCCUUUUAAAGGUCUGAGAACUCUACUAAAAGUUAAAAAAAAAAAUCGUUAUUGCCACCAGACAUGUUAGAUUGUGAAAUGCAAUAAUACGAUAGCCUCCUCUUUUGAUACAGAUCCUUUAGGCAAAGUCUGAGAAAAUUUCCCAAGCUCAAACUGUCAAAUGAUUGUUUACACUUAUUUAAGUCUGCUUUACUGAAUCAUUUUUGUUGGAAAUUGAGGAAAAACCAACAUGACUCUCCAAAGAGAGUCUUUGUGAAGAUUUUCCAUUAUGCCUUGGCAAUGUGAGAUGACCUUAAUGUACUUCUUGUUCAGUGAUUGAUUUUCUCGGAAGAAACUUCAAUCUUCUGGUAGUUUAUUCCCAUUCGUUCAAUUUCUGAAUCAGAACAGGAAUGCUGUUGAAAAGGGUCUGAACAAUCCAUAAACUUUUGAACUGUGACAUUAAAAUCAUAACUCUCUAGAUACAUCUGACUAGACUCUCUGUACACAGCAGACAUGUUCCUACAUCACAAGUUUAGAUAACAUUAGAUUCCAUUCUUCAAAAUGUCUUGCUCAUUAAGGCAGAGACUCUACUUCUUUGUUUAUUACAACAAAGAGCUGUCUUUAUUGUCUUUCCGCAGAUUUUACUGAAUAGACGUAAUUCUGGUAUGAACAUUGAUGUCAAUUCUGGUAGCUGAUGUAAACAAGUCAAAGAGCAUACGUGAGAAAUGGCAGUCAAAACUGUCCAAAAAUCCCACAGUCCAUCAACUGUCUGGUUGGUAAACCAAUGGCAAACAACGCCACAGAAUCAUCUCCACAUACGUGGAUUGGCCGCACCCUAAAUGAGGGGCAUCACAUGCACCUACCAUGAAAAAUGACAAAUUCAUCCAACAAAACCCUCAGAUCAGUCAUUGCAGACAGAUUGAGAACUAACUGAAAGAGUUCAAGUGGGUGUGAGACUAUUAAAUAACUGAUAUUUUUGAUAAUUGAUAACUUUGUUAACUAUUUAAGAUAUCGCUGUAUUUUUAUUUUGGUAUUUUUCCAUCUCAAAGGACACAAUAUCCUUAAGGUAAGCACUUGUUCAGAGCUGACAUUCACUGGAAUUUUGGGGCCCAUCUGAGCACACUAAACAGACAUGAUUAAAACAAGAAACAGUGAGGGGAACGUCCUAAACCGUGUGGUGAAACUGCCACUGGUCAGCUCUGCGCUGCAGCAGGCCUCAUCCGUCUACACAGUUGUAAAAGGACGGUAUCCACUGCUGGGGUUUGUGGGAGGUGUAGCAGAGCUGAGUGUCCGUAGUGCAUCCACAGCAGCCCUCCAACAAGCUGCUCCACUGCUCCAGAACCUACAGCCAGAAAUUGAGGCAGUGAAUACGUAUGCAAUGGUGGGUUUGGACCAACUUGAGAAGUACUUCCCUAUCCUCCAACAGCCCACAGAUGAGGUGGUCGCUAAUCUAAAGGACGCUUUCUUUUCUCGGCUGGACGAUGCUCAGUCUCGACUGAAUGAUGAGCUGGACAGAGCCGUGGACAGAUGGGACAGGCUGAUAGACCAGAUGUGGCGCCUCCUGGCGGAAGCUCAGGGAUCGGGCCCGGGACGAGCAAUCACAGCGGGUCUGGAUGAGCUCAUCACGCAGUCAGAAGAGGCGGUGGCGUAUUAUCUGCCCCUGCCACCCACCUUGCGUUACGAGUAUGAGAGAAUGGUACAGAGUUAUGAAGAUGAACACCUUCAUAAUGACGACGAUGAAGAUGAUGAUGAAGAAGAGCCUCCAAUGUGGAUGCGCAUCCGUAGCCUGUUGUUGUGCCUAUACUUUCAGCUGUAUUACAGACUGAUGAAGCUGAGAGAAAGAGUGGACAACAUAUUGCAGAUGCUGGGGGCCGCAGCUGAAACGGUGGGUCUAAAGAGGCUGAUGGAGAUGGUGGAGAUGCUGCUGCAGCUGCUUCUGUCCUUUUACACCGCUCGGGUUCAUCAUGUGGAGGAGCUGCGUUCUCAGCUGGUUUCUCGGCUCACAGCAGGUCUGCAGGCACUGACGGUUUGGCCUCCUGUACAGCAGAUGCUGGUUCUGCCUACACAGGUACGCGCUCUCACGAACGACCUGCUGGAACUGGGACAGAUUCUUAUACAGCUGCUCAUCAACACCACCCCGCUCUAUGACCUGGUGAAACAGGUGUCUGAUCUCGAUGCUGCAAACAACCCGACUCCAGAUGAGGUCCCCGAGAGUCCCUCUGGCCGUGCCUCUGCAAACAGUCUCUUCCUCAAGGCCAUGGAUGGUCGUCCACGUCGCCGCAGAAGCCUUUAUGCCCGUUCCCGCCGCGGGUCCAGCAGUGGGGUUCCAACCAGCCCAGUUCAGUCCCCAACUCCAACCCCAAGCCCGGUCCCAGCAAAUGGACGUAAAGGCAGUUUGAAGACGGAUUCCAACUCAGUGGGGCCUCCAGAGCUCGACACAUUGGCUGUGCCCACCACCGAUAUGAUUCGACGCCGUUCCUCGACCACCGAGGUCCUGCUGGCUCCCAUUAUGCAGUUAGUAACACAGAGCCAGCGAGCGUUUGAGUAUCUGAGCUCCUCAAAUGAAGAUCAGGUCUUACCUGUGGUGGAAACCACAGAGCACUAGGGUCUACUUAUCUUCUACAUUAAACCUACAUUCAAUUACAGAUCAUUUAAUUACAGAUUAUUCGGUUUGCUGAUUGUUACGAAGAGUACAGCAAACACACCAUUGAAAAAAAUGAAUAGAAUAAAUCCUUCAGCUUGUCUACAAAAGACAAUCAUAUCGUUACAAUUUAACUUUUGGAUGAAAUCAUUUACCUAGCAUUGAGAAUGUGCAGAUGAAUAAAUCUUAUGACAAAAUCAAGCAUUGUUUAGCUAUGUGUAUUACUUCCCUACAUUAAAAAAUACUAUAGUAGUUUGUAGUACAUGCUAUAGUGGCUUUGAACCGUGCUAGUACUUGAAGAAAUGUUAGUAUAGACAAACAAAUUACACAAUAUUGUACUCUACACUACACUACACGGUUUACUGUAGUAAAUAGGCUGUUUAAACAGCAAAAAUCAGUCCAAGGUACUUGAAAAAUGUGGAAAACAUAUUAAAAAGCCUUUAUGCACAUGGCUAAUCGUUAAAAAACUUGUGCGUUUCAGCAGAGAACUGCCUUCACCAGGGUAAUGAUUUGGUUUGUUUGAUUUUGUAUUUUUAUACAUAGGCUAUUUAUUACAGUUCAUCAGAUCACGAUUACUAUAAAGUACUAUAGUAUUUUUCAUGUGGAUUAGAAUGAAAUGAAAACAGUAUGGAUUUGCUUUCUGCAGUGCCAUUCGUGUAUGUGGCAUUUUAUUGCUUUCAUUGUCUGAUUGUAGUAGUAAGUGCAAAUAAACGUAUGAUGUAACAGAACAAUUUGUGUAGAGCAAACAAACGUAUUUUUUACUUCUGAGCCUUAGAUUCUGUGGACUGAGAGUUGGAUUCAUGAUUGAUAACUAUUUGCUGGAAAUCAUUUGUUGAAAGCUGCCAAAAUUUAUGUUUAAUCAAGAGAAGAGGAGAAAAGUAUAUGAUUAACAUUACUUUGAUUUCUCAUGGGCUGAAUCAUGCUUUGCUAAGCAAGAGCUGAUAGAAAACAAUUGUGUUACGCAUAGAUGUGUAUGAACGGUCACCGAAGGGUGUUAAAUGAUGUUAAAAAUGUGAUGUUGCAAAGCAAGUAUGUUACAUGUUUCAAGCUUCUAGCUUAAAUCCUAACAGCCUAUUGUGCUUUUUCCUGUAACAAAUGUAAUAUUUCUCUUUAAAUGUAAUUAAACAAUUUAGUAAAUGCA